AUGUCGUCAAAAACGGUCAAUAUCGAUUCGCCGGGGCAGUUCAGCGAGCUUCUGAAGUCCUCGAAGAUUGUGGUGGCAGAUUUCUACGCCGACUGGUGCGGGCCAUGCAAACAAGUCGCGCCCGUCUUCGAGCAGCUCUCCUACACCCUCUCGCGUCCGAAUCUCGUGACGUUCGUCAAGGUCAAUACCGACAAGCAGAAGGACAUUGCCCAGGCAUAUCGGGUCACCGCGCUACCGACGUUCAUCGUUUUUGCUAAUGGCAAGGUCAUCGAGCGUGUUCAGGGCGCAGACCCACUCAAGCUGCAGCAAGUAGUCAGGAAGCUCAAUGACAGGGUGGACUCUAUCGGUAGUGGCGGCGGUGAAGGGAGCAGCAGUGGAAGCGGCGGCGAGCGCUGGCUAGGCGCCGAGCUGCCGCGCGGCUAUCAGGAUAUUACGGGUGAGAUUGAGCUCCCACGGUGCGAACUGCUGAAUGUCGAUGGGGACACUGGCAGCGUGCGGGUGCUCUUCAGCGAAAAGAAGCCGAGCGCGCUGUCGGGGAGCAAGAGCCCCAACAAGGACUGGGUUGAGAGCGAUACCGAUGAGCAGAUGUUGCUCUUUAUGCCAUUCCAGUCUAUGCUGAAGCUGCACACCCUGCAGCUCACAUCCCUACCCCCACGCUCCGAAAACAGUGACGACGACGACGAAGACGAGGUGCCAAUGCGGCCACGGACCAUUAAGCUGUUCACCAACAAGCCACAUAACCUUGGGUUCGAAGAGGCAGAGGAUUUGAGUCCCACACAAGAAAUCACGCUCACGGAGAAGGACUGGAACGCAGACGGCACCGCUAACAUCCCGUUACGGUUCGUCAAGUUCCAGAACAUUACCAGCUUGGUGGUGUUCAUUAAGGACGGGGACGGGGAGGGCGAGAAGACGAGGUUGGAUCGGGUGCGGCUGAUUGGCGAGGCUGGUGAGAAGCGGGAGAUGGGCAAGCUGGAGAAGAUUGGCGAUGAGCCGGGCGAAUAA